UAGAUUUAAAAUUUUUAUUAUUUUUUAGAGUAUUUGAAUCAUAUGGUCGAUAUUUUGCUAUUAUGUUAGGAGUAGCAAAACAUGUUUUCUCUUUUGUAAUGAUAUUAUUUAUUAUAAUAAUUAGUUUUGCUCACGCAUUCUAUAUUUUAUUAACUCCACAACAAGAUGUUGACCUAAAUUCACCAGUUAUAAACAAUGAUAGGAAUAACCCUUGGUUAUUAACUGAUCAAUAUUAUCAAAUUAACUCUGAUGGAAGUUAUAGUAAAAGUCCUGUACUCGUAAGACAACCUGAUAGUUCUACUAAUAUGUUUGCUUGGCCUCAAACUUCUUUAUUGGCUAUGUAUUUAUUACUUACAGGGGAUUCAAGUUCAUUAUCAUCAUUUCCUUAUUUAGAACGUCAUUCUUUGGCCCUUUUAACAAUAACGUUUAGUUUUUUUACCGUUAUUUAUUUAAUGAAUUUAUUUAUUGGAUUAUUAAAUAAUGCUAUUGAAGUAAAUAAUGAUCAUGCUAAUUAUUUAAUUGAAAAAUCUAGAAUUAUAGGAGAGAUUGAAUUAUUUCAUUUAUUUCCACAUCAAAGAAGAUGGAGGACUUGGUUUCCUGAUGUAAUUUAUUAUGAAGUUCCAGUCGAUGAAGUUAGGAAACAAAUUCACCAAUUAGAUAGUACUGCACGAUCAUCAUCAAAUUACAGUCCUAUAAUAAGUUCAAGAUUAAGAGAUAUAGUUGAUGUUCCUAAAUCUUAUAAUCAACAACAACAAGAUUUAUUAAGUGAAUUUGAAGCUAUAAAUAGUUUCUUGAAAAAGAUAAAUGGUGAAGGAAUUCACAGACAAUUUAGUAUUUCAAGCAUAGGAAAUACUUCCAAACUUUUCAAACCGGGAACACCUGGAACACGUGAUAUCAAAACUUAUUUUAGUGAUCCCGAUGGAACCUACAUUGAUUAGAUCAGUGAUUUUUUUUUUUAAUUAAUAGAUUUUUAUUUUUUUUUUUUUU